AUGCGGAUAUUGCUACUUUUUGGAUUCCUAACAACAGUGUACUCGCUCAAAUGCACGGAUAUGAUGAUUGGAAUUGCAAACGGUACCUCGUUCAACUUCAAAAAUACGUUACGUUGUCCAGAUACAACGAAGUGGUGUAUGAGCAUAAACGGCAGCUUCUACUCUCCUUUAUACUCACUUGAUGGACGAUUGGGGAACUGCGAAACCAACGGUUUCAUCGGAGCCAUAGUGAAUGCUGCAAAACCGAUCGAUAUAUCAUGCAAGGCAGUUGGUUGUACGAAUUUCCCGUUGGUCAACGUGACAAGAUGUUGCUGCAAUACAGAUAACUGUAAUUCUGCUUUUUCCCUUAGCACAUUUUUCUCAACAGUUUUACUGUUAAUAAUAUAUUUGUAG